UUUCGGAAUAUACCUUUUUCUCUGUUAAGGUUCUGUUUUAGUGCUUCCUCUGUAUUUUUUUUUUUUACAUUCAAACGGAGGAACGAUCUUAAACUCUAUCAUUUCUCUCAAAUCUAGUAACCAAAAAUCUCUGUAACUUGAACGAAAUCAAACAAACUAUUUCUCAUAUAUAUAUAGUUCUAACAUCUCAUCAUGGCGACAUCCGAUGUUGUUUUAAGGUCAGAUGAAGAUGUUCUUCUUUCUUCUUCCAUGUUUGACCUUACAAAAGGCGAGAGUAUGAAAUCUAGGGGUUUGUUGAUUGAGAAGAAAAUUGAUCUUCUUGAAAGCUUGUCUGGAAGGGUCAGUAAUAGGCGGUCGCGAAGAUGGUUGAAUGAUCGUUUAUUGAUUGAGCUUGUUCCUCGUUUAGAUGCAGAAGAAAUUAGAGGCCUCUUCGCUCCACCACCAUGGGGUGACAGUGUGCCGGUGUCACCAUUUUGCAUGACAAAUGUGGGGGACUGGGAUAUGUUUAGAAAUAUCGACAUGGAUAAAGAGGAUACCAUGAUGAAAUCCCUAAAUGGUUCAUCAGCAAAGAGGAAAGCUUGUGUUGAUGCUGAUAAGAUUGCUGCUCUGAAAGCCUGGCAUAGAAUAGAUUGUCGGACACGGGAAGCACUUAGGCGCAGUUUUCUGUCGGAACUUAUUGAUAGUUUUGAGAUAUGCAUACGGUCCUUCAUCGGGGAAGGUGGAGAGAAAGAAGUUCUCGUGCUAGAUGUUCAAGACCCUUUCCACAGAUUGUUGUUGCAUGGUGUCUGUGAGUUCUACGGCUUGGAUUCACUUACUGUCACAAAGUCAAAAGAAGCAAAAUCACCAAAGAUGACCAAAAUUGAAAAGAAACAGUUGGGUUCUGUAGAGCUUCCAAACAUAACUUUGUCUUCUUUUCUGAAAAUGUCCAAGGAAGGAGGAAUUUGGUAAACCUGAGGUGGACAAAUCACAGUUGUUCCAUGUUUGUUGUAAUUUUAAAACAUUUAAGAGUUAGGAUUCAUUAGUUUUAUUUAUUUCUGAAUGUAAAAAUAAAUAAAUAAAUCAGAACUUCAUUUGUCAUCCUUAUAGUUACGGGGUGCAGUCACUGCAGUGUACAUCUUCCUUAUCUAUCUGAACGUUUAUGAAAAUUGAAUCUUAAUUAGUUGGGUUAA